AAUAUCUGGUACUUUUCAACUCCACUCCUGACCCUCUUCGUUCCUGUCGCCCGAGCUCUCUUGGCGUCGAUAAUGGCAGCACCGGAAGAUCCCCGCCGCCGGCGCGUCGGCCUCCUGUACGACGAGCGGAUGUGCCACCACGCCACCCCGGACGGCGAGAUUCAUCCGGAGAAUCCCGACCGGAUCCGCGCCAUCUGGCAGAAGCUCGAGUCCGAGGGGAUUCCCCAGAGGUGUGUAGUUCUGAGUGCCAAGGAAGCUGAGGAUAAGUACAUAGCAUCUGUUCAUACCCCAAGGCAUAUCAAGCUGAUCAAGAAUAUCAGCUCAAAAAAAUUUAAUUCUCAACAUCUUAGGAUUGCCUCAGAGUUCAAUUCUAUAUAUUUUAACAAGGGUUCAUCUGAAGCUGCUUACCUUGCAGUAGGCUCAGUUAUGGAGGUAUCUGAAAAGGUGGCCAAAGGGGAUUUGGAUUCUGCUAUUGCCAUUGUGAGGCCUCCUGGCCAUCAUGCAGAAUCUGAUGAAGCUAUGGGGUUUUGUCUGUUCAAUAAUGUUGCUAUUGCAGCUAAUUUUCUCUUGAAUGAAAGGCCAGAGUUAGGUAUAAGAAAGAUACUAAUUGUGGAUUGGGAUGUUCACCAUGGUAAUGGCACUCAAAAUAUGUUUUACAAGGACCCUCGGGUACUGUUCUUUUCUGUUCACAGGUUUGAUUUUGGAAUGUUCUAUCCUGCUAGUGGUGAUGGUUCAUAUUGCAUGAUUGGUGAAGGGCCAGGUGCAGGAUACAACAUCAAUGUUCCUUGGGAACAAGGACAAUGUGGUGAUGCAGACUAUGUAGCUGUCUGGGACCAUGUAUUGCUUCCUGUAGCUGAAUCUUACGAUCCUGACAUAAUAUUGAUUUCUGCUGGAUUUGAUGCAGAUAUGGACGCAGACGCAGCUCGGAUGCUGGCCCAGGGUCUCAAGGCCCACAAGAGGAAGGGCGCCGCGACCUCCGGGUCGGCGAAGAGGCAAGGGUAG